AUGCUCACAGUCACUGUGCUCUCACUGCUGAUGCUCGAUCUUCCCACGUGGGCCACAGGUCGUUGCAUCUGCACUGCUUAUUUACCGCUAAGCCAGGCACAAGCAACAUGCGAGACAACAGCGCCGUCCGAGUUGGCUAAGAGUCUAGAGCGGUCGUUAUCUCUCACCAACAUUCUGACCGAAUCCUCACUCUCGCACAGUCGAUCAUCAAAAUGUUACCGCUUCCCCAACUUCCCCCGCUUCACGCACAGCUUCAUCCUCGGCCAUCGACGCCACUCGUCCAGCCCACACUGUUCCAAGACUCCUAUUUCAGGUCUUAGUAUUCCGACGUCCCUCAACUGGUCUGCGGGUACUACCAGUAGAUAUGGAGACCAGACUUUGUUCCCGGAUGUGGCACACGGCGGCUAUGUGGAGGCGCUGUACCCCUUGCUGAAGGCCGAAGGCUCUAUGAGAAGAUAG